AUGGCUUUAACACUUUGGAAUAGGCAAAACAAAAGGAUCAUUUUAUUAAUUGGCCGUACUGGUAGUGGAAAAUCAACUUUAGCUAACGUGCUGACAGAUUCAGAUAACUUUAAAGAAAAUGCUGGGUCUUUGAGUGGAACAAGAGAAAACCAAGUUGAUGAAUUCGACGAGAGACUAGGCGACAAAGUAAUUAAAUUCAGAGUAAUCGAUACAGUAGGAUUCGGAGAUACUCAUUUGACUGACAAAGAGGUUCUUAAUAAAAUAGCAGAAGCUAGUAACGACAUAAAAGACGGUUUAAACCAAAUAUUCUUUGUUAUAACUGGGAAACUUACCAAAGAAGAAAUACACGCUUUUAGGUUAUUAACAAAAAUCAUUUUUUCUGACACAAAGAUUGUCGAAUACAUCACGAUCGUAAGAACACAUUUUACUGAGUUUGAAGACGAGGAUGAGUGCGAGGAAGAUCGACAAAAUUUGCAAAACGAACUGGGCGUAAUCAAUAUCAUUUACGUUGAUAACCCUCCCUUGAAAGGUCGUUUGUCUUUAUUUAACCAGUCAAUUCGUGAGGAAUCAAGGAAAAGGUUGUUAGCUCAUUUAGUAACUUGUAAAAACAAUUAUAAACCGAAAAACUUAAAAACUAUAAACGAUCGAAUCGAUAAUUAUGUCACUGAAACCCAAAAACUGAGAAAUGAAUUAGAUGAAUUGAAAAAAUUGACCGAGGAGCAGCAAAAAGUAUUCGCGGAGCAAAUUAGAUUGAUAGAAGAAAAACUAGCUAAGAAUCGAUGCAUAAUUUUAUGA